AUGUCGUUCAAGAUCGAUGAGCUCCAAUGGAGCGAGCCCGAGACCGCCAACGAGAUGCAGGGCAUCCACUCCAACUCGGUGCUCUACUACUUUAUGCGCUCGCCCUACUUUGACAAGACGUCCAACAACAACACCGUCUACAACCAGGCGCUGCACAACCACAACAUGUUCCCCGUGCUCGAGACGCGCGAGCGCUUCGAGGACUUCUUGCGCAGCAUGUCGGGCGUCGAGUACAUUGUGCACCAGGCGCCGGCCGAGAUGGCGCCCGGGACGGGCACCGGCGUCUGGGUGAUCCGCAAGCAGCUGCGGCGCAAGCGCAACGACGGGCAGCCGGACGACUUGACGGUGUACGCCGACUACUUUGUGGUCGGGUACAACAUCUACCAGGCGCCGACGCUGGCGGACGUGCUGUCGUCGCGCAUCACGUCGAUGGCCGUCGCGCUGGGCAAGGCGUUUCCGGCCAUGAACAGCAUGCAGACGUGGUCGCCGGCCGAGGGGCACUACUACGAGACGACGGGCAAGGCGGCGGCGGGCGAAGACGGGGUUGUGGAGAACCAGGCGUUGCGAGACGAGCCAGAUGACGAGGAUCAGGGCGUGGAAGAGGAGGAGGAGGAAGACGACGAGGACGACGACUCCUCAGACGAAGAUGCCAUGGAUGUCGACAAAACGGAAACGACCACCCGAGCCAAGGCCGCCCAUGAUGACGCGGACAGCGAAGACGACUCGGACGACGACAUGCUCGAUCCGCGGCUGGCCGAAGAGUCGUACGCCAUCCACAUGAUGUACGGCGGCGAGUACAUGGACGAGCAGCCCAUCUCCGGCCGGCCAGGCGACUUCCACAUUGCGCUGGCGGGCGGCGGACGGAGUGCCGUCGGCGGUGCAGCAGGGGCGGCGCGCGGAAAGGCAACGGCGGAUGCGGCAGACGCGAACAAGGACGGCACAGGCAGCGGCAAGGCAACGCCGAAAGACGGCAAGGAGGCCAAGAAGUCGGGGGCCACCACGCCCAAGCCAAAGCGGCGAAAGUCCAAAGGAGCGGCGGCAUAG